GGCGCCGUGAGGGAGGAGCCGGGGCCGCGCGGGGAUGCAGGCGGCGCGCGGAGCCAUGGCCAACUUCCGCCUGGCUCUUAUUCAGCUCCAUGUAUCUGCUGUUAAAUCAGAGAACCUGCAGCGAGCCUGUGGGCUGGUGAGAGAAGCAUCAGCUAAAGGAGCUAAAGUUGUAGCUCUUCCUGAAUGCUUUAAUUCUCCCUAUGGAACCCAGUACUUUAAGGAGUAUGCAGAGAAGAUCCCUGGGGAAUCAACACAAAAGCUCUCAGAAGUUGCAAAGGAGUGCAGCAUAUAUCUUGUUGGAGGAUCCAUUCCAGAAGAGGAUGGUGGAAAACUGUAUAAUACAUGUACUGUCUUUGGGCCUGAUGGUGCAAUGUUGGCAAAGCACAGGAAGGUUCAUUUGUUUGACAUUAACGUGCCUGGGAAGAUACAGUUCAAAGAGUCUGAAACGCUGAGUCCAGGGAAUAGUUUCUCCAUGUUUGAUACUCCAUACUGUAAAGUGGGCCUGGGCAUCUGCUAUGAUAUCAGAUUUGCUGAGAUGGCUCAAAUCUAUGGACAGAAAGGUUGCCAGCUGCUGAUCUAUCCAGGGGCUUUUAACCUGACAACAGGACCAGCCCAUUGGGAACUGCUACAAAGGGGGCGAGCUGUUGAUAAUCAAGUCUACGUAGCUGCCGUAUCUCCUGCUAGAGAUGAAAAAGCAUCCUAUGUUGCCUGGGGACACAGCACUGUAGUAAAUCCAUGGGGUGAAGUCAUAGCCAAAGCUGGGGCUGAGGAAACAGUUAUAUACACAGAUAUAGAUCUGAAGAAACUUGCAGAAAUACGUCAACAAAUUCCUAUUUUAAGCCAGAAGCGUUGUGAUCUCUAUGGCAUAGAGAUGAAAAAGUGAAGCUGGGUGAAUGGGAGGGUAAAGUUGGCAAAAUGGCUGCUGCUUUCAUUUUCAGAAGGCUUCCCUUAUUAGCUGUUCCACAAUCCACUGCCAAAUGUGCCAGUUAAUUUAGAAAUUAAAAAAAAACCCCACACCACCAACAAAAACAACCCCAAAAACCCAACCAACCCCAAACCCCCCCAUAAAAAAUUUGCUGGUGUAAUUCUAAAACUGAUCCAAAUACAACUUUUCUAUCUCCUCUCAUACUUUAGUAUUUCAUAGUAGUUUAGUUUAUAGCUAGGAUAAAGAUGGAGGUAAAAUCAGUUCAAGACAGUAGCAACUAACAUUGCUUUUUAUGCAUCACAGUGCUUUAGUUAGCUUUUGGGGGCUUUUUUUGUGGAACAUAGAAAUGGGAACCUUGUUCUCUGAAGAAAUCCUCUGGCGUCAGCUUUGGUAUUACAAAUUUUUCAGUGACUUAUCAAAUAAUGUAGAAGCACGAUUCUUCCACCUCUGCCCUUCUUAGUUGUAUGUGCCUUAAAGUUCCCUGAAUGUCUACAUCUAUACUUGGAAAGCUUAGAAUUUCACACACUAAGCAAAACAGGCCAAAUCCUGCCCUGCACAAUUCAGGGAUGACAAUGCAAGAAGCUGCCAGACUGAAGUACUACUAUAGAAGAAUCUGUAACAGGGUUGGGCUUGUGUCUUACCUCAAAUAUAUGAUGUAUUAAAUUCUCCUUACUGCAAUUCCUGUUUGUUGCUGAAGUGGUGCAGGUUACUGUUUUGUUAAAGCAAUUCGCAUGUCACCACACCUUUGCUCUGCAUACUGCAUCUUUAGUACAAUGUCUGACUAGGUUUUAAUUCUGCUGCCUGGCAAUCUUCACCUGAAAAGGGGGGAAGGAGUCAGUCACAAGGGUUAGAAAAUGUACUGCACUGAUCAAGUCUUCCUGCCCACCAUCUUCAAGACGACAGGUACUUUAACUGCUCAGUGUUUAAAUGCAUUAUUGCUACCAAAGGCCAACUACCAUGAGCUGCAUGGGAAACAUUCCUCACAUCAUUGCUCUUGUGGAAGAGACUAACAAACUGAUUACUAAAGGUGGCUUUAAAAUGCUUAAAACCAGCCUUUACCACUAGGCUUUUAGUUUUCCAGCAGCAAAAAUGGUAAAACAGUAAGGCUAAAGGACAUUUCAGAAUACAAAAUGGGAAGAGAGAGAGAAGGUUAUGUUUUGCUGUAGCUAACUGCCAGUUUCCCCCAAAACCACCUUACCUUUUUGUGUUUAGCCAUCCUCCCUUUUCCCACAGCUGCUGUCCUGACCUAUUUUUUAAUGUUCUUUCGGCUUCUCUGGAACAAGCUAAGUCUGUGUUUUAUAGAGGAAAAGUAAUGGUUAAAUUAAGCCAAACCCUGAGGCAUAUUUCCCUUCAAAAGACAGGUCACAUCAUUCCACACCAUGGCAUUAUCCAUUAUAGCAGGCAUUGUUUGGUCUGUACUUUUUGCUGCAUUUUGGUGUACAUACUGUACUGGAACUCUUAAGAAACAAGCCACAGAGCAUAAAGUGAAAUGAAGAUUUAUUUGUUGAAAAAUAAAUAUAAAAAAAAAGUAACAAUU